AUGCAUAGAUCCUUUGAUAAAUACCAAUGGGUCUUGCUUCCGCCCUCGAAUUUCUUAUUCCCGCUCUGGAACAAAACAUUGCUAGCAGGACCCAACUGCCAAGCGUUCACCAAGUUGUAUCCUCCACAAAGUGGUUGGGAAUACAGCUUUGUGCAAUUGGUUCCAUGCCCAGAUACUCUCACGCGUGAAGGCAGUGCUCGACCUACUAUCCACUACUCACCAUACGAGUCGCUACCAACCAUCACUUCCUAUAUUCAUCCUUACUAUGCUAUCUGCAACGUUAGCCAGAAGGACGCAAAACACCAUGCAGAUAAGACAAAUAGCGGUCAAUACGACACUAUUCCACCUGAACCAGACCUUUGCUCUCGUAUACAAGCAUGUCGCAUUAUCCAUGAGACCUGGUUGCAAACAAAGCCAGAUCCUCCAGCGUAUUUGGCCCCACCACCCCGAUCCACACGCUCCUCGCAGUCAGCUCAUUCAGGCUCAUCCAGCGAGAAAGAUCAUUCGUGCACCAAACAACGCAUCAGGCGUGCAAAAUUAGUAGACGGUAGUAAAUCUGCGCUUGUCGUACACCGAGAAGACGAGGAUGAACAAGACGAUGAGGCUCAAGAAUCCUACUCUGCCAGCACCGCCUCUACGCCAGAAGAACUUCAAUCUGUGACUGAUGAAAAACAUACCUACGAUUGCUACCGCGGCCAAGCGGUAGUUUCCUUCCAGUCCAAGGUCGGGCAAUGGCUAACGGACCAACAAAGCUCUAUCAGCCGGGAUGAACCUGGCCUAGCGGAAGAGUUCCUGGGACUAUUACCCAGAGAAACCCAACUCGCAUCACAUUGA